GCAGCGAUGGGUAUAAAGACGCUGGUUUAUUGAAAAUGCUCAGUCCAUGUUAGUCUGCAGUAGCGACGGAGGGAAUUUUCAAUCCGCUGAUAAGUGAGCUGAGUAAGAUGACAAUCUACACUGGGCUUUUGCUUCUCAUUCUUUAUGUUCCGUGUUAUCACAUGGAAAGCGUGAAUACUGACAACAAUGAGCCCUCCUCAGAUCUAGUGCAAGCAUUCGAGAAGCGGUGUCCACCUGGUCUGUGGUGUGGUAAGAAACGCGAAGUAUCCGAUGAACAGAUGAUCGAGACAUUUGAAAAGCGAUGCCCUCCAGGAUUAUGGUGUGGUAAGAAGCGACAAAUUCAAGAUAGAAGUCCAAACAAAGCCAACAAUGUUGUUGACGCUGAUAAACUCGCCGACCAGUUUGAGAAGCGUUGUCCACCUGGCUUAUGGUGCGGAAAGAAGCGAGAGCUGUCCGAUCAGAAAGCAAUCAAUGAUGCACCACUAGAGGAACAUGCUGAAGACUCGUGGAUUAAGACCUUUGAAAAGCGUUGCCCACCUGGCCUGUGGUGCGGGAAAAAGCGAGAGCUAUCCAAUCAGAAAGCAAUUAACUCCGUAUCCCUGGAAGACCUUGCGGGAGACUCGUCGAUUGAGACCUUUGAAAAACGCUGUCCUCCUGGAUUAUGGUGCGGGAAGAAGCGAGGUCUACCAAAACCCGUGGAGAGCGAAGGCGACUUUGUCAACGCCCUGGAAAAGCGUUGUCCACCUGGCUUGUGGUGUGGAAAGAAACGUACUACUACUGAGGAUAAUUUGAUUGGGUCCAAUGAUGAAGAAAGGGACUUGUCACUGAAAGUGUUUGAAAAGCGCUGUCCUCCUGGGUUGUGGUGUGGUAAGAAGCGAACAAUUAACACUUCGACGAGGACAAAGAAUCAACUAGAUGUUUAAACAAAUCAAGAGCCGAGUAGGAACAACGGGAACAAUAUUGAUGAGUAAUAUACAGUAAUAAUUAAUGCUAUGAAACCAAUUGGAAAUUUUGAUCAUAUCAGUGCAACCAUUAAAAGUAAUGCCAUUUGAUAACUUCUAAGGAGUUGUCGAAUACCUCUAUAGGUGUUUUCGUGCAAAAAUUCCUCAUUAAACAAUUCCUCUCCAACUGA